GCCACCCUCGGGACCGGUUCCGACAGUGGACGAGACGAGACGCCGCCUUCCUCUGCCGGUGCAGUCUGUUACAGUGUGUCUGUGAGGCGCUGUCCACGGAUUAACGAACGCAGCCUCCGCCCCCUCACCUCGCCACCAUGAAACUUCAGUUUUCCGGCCUCAUGGCCCCGGUCUUCACGGCCUUCACUGAAAAUGGAGAAGUCAACUUGAAAAUAAUCGCGGACUACGCCAAAUUUUUAUCCGCGAACGGCAUCAACGGCGUCCUGGUGAACGGCACGUCCGGCGAAGGCAUGUCCAUGACGGUCGCCGAGAGGGAGCAGACGACGGAGGCGUGGCUGCAGCACGGCCACAAGCACGGCAUCCACGUCCAGGUGCAGGUCGGCGGCACCAACCUCCCCGACGUCCUCCACUUGGCCCGUCACGCAGAGCGGCUCGGCGCGGACUCGAUCCUCUGCCUCCCCGAGCUCUUCAACAAGCCCGCCAACGUGCACGAGCUCGUCGAGUACCUGAGGCUGGUGGCGGCCGCCGCGCCCCGCACCCCCCUGCUCUACUACCACAACCCUGGCUACACCGGCGUCAACGUGAACGUCCCCACCUUCAUGGAGGCGGCUGGCAGCGCGCUGCCCAUGUUCGCGGGCAUCAAGUUCACGGACACCAACCUGGAGAUGGGCGUGCAUUGCGUGGCGGCGGGCGGCGCCGCGUACAGCGUCUUCCUGGGCUGCGACUACGUGCUGGCGGGCGCUUUCGCGCUCGGCUUCAACUCGGCCAUCGCCACUUCACUCAACGUGCUGCCGGGCCUGUGCGCGCGCAUCCUGCAGGACGUCAAGACUGGCCGUGUGGAGGAGGCCCGCCUCGCGCAGAACACGCUCAACCGGGCGGCGCAGGCCAUCACGCUCAACGGAAAAUGGGUCCCCGCCAUGAAGGCUGCCAUGAAGAUCGUCACGGGCCUGGACAUGGGUCCUGCCCGCCAACCCCUGCCCUCGCUAGAGGAUCGCCACCUCCCCGCCCUCAAGAAGUCCCUGCAGCAGCUCAACCUUCUGUCAUGAGUGCAUCGUUAUGAUUCAUUUCAAUAUAUUUACAAUAAAAUAAACCCUAUAUUUUGUCUCUGAAA